AUGGCGCAAGCAAAGGAGAAGGCGAAUCCUGUGUCCAGCUCCCAGAUGACCUCUGGCGAAGCAGACCGUGGAGAGUCACUUGCUUUUAGCAAGGAGCCAAUCGACUCCGCUGCUGGCGGGUCUCAACCUCAGCUAGCAGAGUCAAGCAAGAAGAGGGCCGUUAGGUCCACAAAGAAUAUCGCCGCCUCUAACGAGGUUCCCUCCAAAAGGGCGAAAUCAGGCAACGCAAGUGCCCGUCGGCCUGAAAGCACCAACAAAGAUGCAGAUGGUGACAACGUUGAUGGAGUCAUUGAACCAGUUGUCCCUCUCGUAUCUAUUGGUGCCGAGCCCGUUGCUCCUCGGCGAUCAAGUCGAUCUGCCGCGGCAAAUGCAACGGCUCUUAUAAAAGAUAGAUAUAAGGAUAGCAUGAGCUCUGCUGUGGAAGCCAAAGGGCUUCCUCCAACACCGCCAUCUAUCCCCAGGCCAAAGGCCGGAAACAAGGCCAAGGGUAAGGCCAAGGCUCCUGCUAUUGAUGAGAGCACUCUCGUCGACGACGUGCCUCGAGAUGAAGAGGAUGAGAGCAUUAUUCCCGAUCAGUUGAUCUUGGAUAAAGGAUCUUUGAUCGAUGAGCUCCUCCUCGAUUCUAACGAGUACCUUGAUGACUCUGAUGAUACACUAGAGGAGUUUAAUGAGCCUCUAGAUGAAUCUGAUGAGCAUCUGGAUGAGGUGGACAAGGAAGACGGUACUGACUUCCUUGGUACCAAUGACGACAGUUUCAUCCUCUUUGAGGAUGUUGUCGAUGAAGCUAAUGAUAUCGAAAUUGACGAUGUCAUAGCUAUAGACACAGGAGCGCAGGUCAAUGCCGCUCUCUAG